CCUUUCUCUUGGAUUUUUCUCGUGUCUCGUGAGUUCGAUAUUAGAGUCGUUCGAUUUGACAAAUUCCCUCGUCGAACUUUUCGUCUUCAAUCUCCUUGUUUUGCCUUAUUAAUUCUCCCCAUAAUAUACGGUGAAAAUAUCCUUGCUGUUCCUUGUGUUUAAACGCUACGGUAGACUGGAAAAUUAUCCGAAAAAAGCACCUUGUUCAUGACUGAUUUUACUGGGAUUUGUUGAGCUUCGAUUGGUGUUGAUCUUGGCGAACUGCUUGCUUCUCUCUGGAUACAGGUUUUUCUGUUUUUUUUAUCUGGGUACCUACAAACCCGCUCCGACGUCAUGGAAGCCUGCGAAACGGACGACCCAACCGUGGACGUGGACCUGGACCGUCUAGCCGUGGCCGAGCUGCUGCGCGACGCCCAGCGCGCCUCGGACCGCGCGGCCACCUUCGGGGCCACCGCCUGGCAGCGCAACCCCGUCCCCAAGCACAACCGCACCUUCCUCAACCGCGCCCUGGCCGGCGCCCUCACCCAGAACGCCUGGCUGGCCGCCAAGGCCACCAAGGCCCCUAAACCGCACCCCCCGGCCGCCGCCCCCGGGGGGCACUUCUCCACCCUGGACGCGGAGGUCACCCUCGACGGUCUGCGUCUGGACGACCGCAGUGAACCCUCCUCCUCGCGGGGGGUGGACCCCUUCCGCCGGCCCAGUGAGGUGGGGUUGCGGAGCCCCCGUAAGGGCCACGAUGGGAAGUUCUCGCCAAUGAAAUCUCCGAAGCGCUGCGGGGAGAAGUUUUCCCCGCGCCGGGAAGGGAGCUGCGGACGUCUGGGGAAGCGGGAGCGGUCGUCAGAGGGGCGCCGCGGCGGGGCGGAGCUCCAGACGCGGAAACGGACGUGCGCGCGACAUUGAGGAUAUGUUUUGGAAAAUAUUUCCUGGAAUAUUUUUCCUUGUACAGAUUUCCUGGAUUGGAGAAUUUCUCACAUCCCCAAAUUAAUCAGAAUUUUAUUUUGGCUUUUUAAUCCGUGUUUUUCCUAUUCGCUCUCUCAUUGGCGAAUUUAUUGCUGAAUUUUGGCUUUUAUUGGUGGUUUUAUUGUUCGCUCUCUUUACUUCCAUUUCUCGUUGCUGAUGGCAGUGUGCGUAAUUUUUUCAUUUUUUUUAGAAUAUCCGAGCAGUUUUUAACAGUCAUCAUAAUAAAAUUGGAUUUAAUUUCGCCUGUUUGAUCAGGAAUCAGGAUAAAGUGCUGUAACAUAGUGACGUUCCUGCUUUCUAGUUCUGCUGUGCGCUUAUGCCUGAAGAAUCGCGAUAUUGUGAAUUAUUGUGACAUUGUCUGUCUGAACGGGAUGGUCGAACGGAGCACCGUUAUCCGCCGUGGAAUGUGGGCACAUUUUCGUCAACGAAGGCAUGCAGCGGAGUAAAGUACAUUUGCGGUUUUUUUCCCCGGAUUUUCAUCCGGAUGCUGAUGAUUUUUCUCGCGUUUUGUAGUUUUGUCGACUUAUUUUUAUUAUUACCAAUGCCCUGUGCAGUUUUCGACGGAUAU